AUGUCCCUCGAGACCGGCGAGCCGCCGAAACUGUAUGGCGUCAACUUCCAGCCGCCGGCACCGUUCGACUUCGCGAAUCCGCCAACGUGGGCGACAUGGCUCAGCCGCUACGAAGACUACGCAGCGGUCUCAGGACUGACGCAAGCGUCGGAAGACAUGCAGGUACGCUCGCUACUGUACUGCAUGGGCCCGGAGGCCCGCCCGCUUCUCGAGACUUUCUCGCUCGACGCCCAGUCGCUCGCUUCAUACCAAGCCCUUGCCACCCGCUUCACUGAGCACUUCAUGCACCGACGUGUUCAGCUGCCCGACGAAAGCGUCGACACGUACUACGCAGAACUGCGCAGGAUGGUUAAGCGCUGUAACUAUCCGUCUGCUGCUGUCGAGGAAAGGCUCGUACGCGACCGGUUCGUCGUCGGCCUCCGCGACUCCCGUCUCUCGGACCAGCUGUGCCGGAACGCGAAGUUGACACUACAGGACGCCUGGACACAAGCCCGUCAAUCCGAAGACGCCGACAGGGAAAAGGCGUUGCCCCAGAACCGCAACGAGCACUCCCGUGAACUCAACCUCGACGCCGCAAACGCUGACAAGUUCCCCUCUCGUCGUCGCUCCGGCGCUAAGCCUCGUUCGCCACAGCCGCAAGCAGAGCGCUCACGCGAGCCGUCCACAUGCGAAUUCUGCGGCCGCGCGCCUCAUCGACGUUCAGACUGCCCGGCCCUACGCUCCGCCUGCAAAUUCUGCAAAAAGAAAGGCCACUUUGCCGAAGUAUGCCGCUCACGGAAGUUCAAGCAGUACAAGCUCAGCUCCGUUCACCUGCACGCCGUCGCGACGCCCGCCUCGGCAAAGUUCGUCGACGUCACCGUUGCCGACUACACGGCGCAGUUCAAGGUCGACUCCGGAGCCGAAGUAUCUGCUGUUCCCAGCGACUUUCCUACCUUGCCUGCCAAACUCGACCAAGUCGACACUCUGCUCACUGGCCCGGGAGGACAGCCACUGCGCGUGCUGGGCUCGUAUGUGGCACGACUUCAGUGGCAAGGGAAAGCAAGCUGUCAGCGCCUCUACGUGAUCCAGUCUCUCACUGUGCCUCUUGUGGGACUGCCUGCGCUCCAAGCCCUCCAAGUAGUUCGGUUUCUUGAUCAACUCAAGACUUCAAAAGCGACGCUGCACGCCGAGCUCUUCAAUGGAUUGGGCACCCUCAAGGAUGAAUACAACAUCCAGUUGAAACCCGAUGCCGUACCUUUCUCGCUAAGCGUACCUCGCAGGAUCCCCAUCCCGCUGCUCGAGAUCGUCCGCCGCGAGCUGGACAAAUUGGAAAGCGCAGGCGUGAUCCGCAGGGUCGACAAGCCAACACCAUGGUGCUCGGGUCUCGUCGUCGUCCGGAAAGGCGAUGGUUCCUACCGCCUCUGCGUCGACUUAACACAACUCAACAAGGUCGUCCUUCGUGAAAGACAUAUUCUGCCAACUGUCGAGCAAGUCCUUGGCCUCCUCGGUGAUGCAACAGUUUUUUCGAAGCUGGACGCGACCGCAAGCUUCCACCAGGUGAAGCUCUCUGAAGACUCCCAAGAGCUUACGACAUUCAUCACCCCAUAUGGCCGAUACUGCUUCUGCCGGCUCCCCUUUGGCAUCACCUCCGCACCAGAGUACUUCCAAAAGCAGAUGGAACAUGACGCCAGACUGAUCCAGGUGCUAUCUCGCCUUGCAAAAGCAGGUAUCACAUUGAACCAGGACAAGUGUCGUUUUGGGGUACCCGAGGUCUCCUUCCUCGGAGUUGUCGUCUCAGCACAGGGCAUCAGGCCAGAUUCGGGCAAGGUCGAAGCAGUCAAAGCCAUGGAAGCUCCAACGGACGUUGCUGGCGUUAGAAGACUGCUCGGAAUGGUGAACCAUCUUGCCAGGUUCUUGCCACACAUCUCGGACGUCACAGCUCCCAUCAGAGCCUUACUGAACAAGUCUGCGAGUUGGGUGUGGCAGCAUGAGCAAAAGGCAGCAUUCGAGAAAAUCAAGGAACUCUUGACGUCAGACAGGUGCAUGGCCAAGUACCACCCGUCGUACGCCACUACGGUUUUUGCAGACGCAAGCUCAUUCGGACUCGGCGCAGUUUUGCUACAGACGCAACCCUCAGGAGAGCGCCGCCCAGUCGCGUUCGCUUCGAGGUCAAUGACAGAUACCGAGCAGCGUUACAGCCAGACUGAAAAAGAAGCUUUGGCAACGACGUGGGCUAUCCAAAGGUUCGACGAGUUCGUCCGUGGCAUACCCUUCGACGUCGAGAGUGACCACCUGCCACUGGUUUCGCUUCUCGGCAAGAUGGAGCUGAACAUGUUGCCGCCUCGUAUUCAGAGACUACGGCUGAAGACCAUGCGAUACCAGUUCCGUAUGCUGCACGUGCCAGGAAAGCUGCUAGCCACAGCUGAUACGUUGUCGCGCCUCACCUACAAGCCACCCACUCCUCUAGACAGUAUCGAACUUUUUGCAGCACAGGUAGUCGGCUGCAUGUCGGAAGUCUCGCCACUCAGCCCUAAAGACGUGGGAAGGCACAAGAGUUUGAUGAAUGGUUGGCCUAAAAGGACCACGAUACCACUGCACCUCUCAAAGUACGCCUCUGUGGCAGACGAGCUCUCUGUCUGCGACGGAGUUCUGCUGAAAGGCGCCCGGGUAGUCAUCCCAUCGUCCCUUCGGCCAGCGGUCUUGACGCUGUUCCAUGAAGGUCAUCAGGGCAUCAACAGGACCAAAGCCCUAGCUCGGGAGUCAGUUUGGUGGCCCGGUAUCUCGACAGACAUCGCCUCUCUCGUUGCCAACUGUGAACAGUGCGCUUCCACUCGCGUGAACUUUGCCGAGCCCCUGCUCUCCACGGCCCUACCUGGACAUCCCUGGGAGUUCCUUGGAAUGGACUUGUUCCACCUCAACGGCCAGACGUUCAUCCUGGUGGUAGACUAUUACUCAAGGUUCCCUGAGGUGGUGACCCUGAGGAGCACGACGGCUCAGGCAGUCAUUGACGCUCUCAAAUCCAUCUUUGCCCGCCAUGGAAUCCGGCAAGAAGUCAGGUCAGACAACGGCCCACCGUUCUCGUCGCAAGAGUUCGCGGCAUUUGCAGCGUCAUACGGCUUUAACCACAGGACCAGCAGUCCACACUACGCUCAAUCGAACGGAGAGGUGGAGAGGAUGGUGCGUACUAUCAAGGACCUGUUUCGCAAGUCAAAGGAUCCUUAUCUGGCUCUGCUCAGCUAUAGGGACACUCCAGGAGUCAACGGCUUUAGUCCAGCCCAGCUGUUGAUGGGACGUCAACUCGGAACCAGAGUCCCAAAGCAAGGCUCCCAGCUAUGUCCCAACUGGCCCCCAAUGAAAGAAAUCGUCGCCAAGGAUGCGACUUACAAGCAGAAGCAGGCCGACAACUACAACAGGCAUCAUGGAGCUCGAGACUUACCGCCACUCCAAACAGGUCAGCGCGUCUGGGUGCGACCUGAUCAAGUGCAGGCUACAGUCCUCAGUCCGGGGCAAAAACCAAGAAGCUACGUGGUCGAAACGGAGCGAGGUGGCACCCUACAGCGCAACCGGCGUCACCUAGUGCCUUUUGGGCCUACUGCCUCCGGAGCGGAACCACCACCACUGCAGCAAGUUCGCUGUCAGGAGCCUCGGCCUGCCAACAUUGUGGAAUCGACGGUCCCCCUCGGACAGUCUGGGCAACAGUCCCCUGCAGCCAGGGACCGCAGUGACGGUGUGACACGAACACGUUACGGCCGGCCUAUUGUUCCGCCGCGCCGUUUGAACUUGUGA